AUGGACAUUCUGGCACUAGGGUUCUCGGGUGCAACCGCCUCCGGCUCCGAUCUGCACUCCAAGUUGAGCUCGACACUGGCCGCAACCUCCUCUUCGUCCCUGACUUCACUUACGGACUACUCAACAUACCCUGUAAUGCGCCAUGGAGGCCGCACUUACUUUCGCGACCCGGAGAACGCCUACCCUUUGCCCUGCGACAUGCCCGAGAUCCAUCGCCAAAGCCUGCGCACGUUGAUGCUGCUGCGCGUCCUCGGCGGCCCAUUUUGCAACCCCCAUUUAGCUAAUCGGCCUCCCAAACGUAUCCUGGAAGUCGCAUGCGGGUCCGGUUUGUGGUCUGGUCUGUGCCAUGAGUACUUCGCCCGGAAUGGCCACCCCGAUGUUGCCUUUGCCGGGAUAGAUGUAAUCUCCAUUGCGCCGGAUAUGCGCAAGCAGGGAAUGAACUGGCAAUUCAAACGUCAUGACCUACGCCGACCCCGCUUACCCUUCCCGGAUGACUAUUUUGAUUUCGUAUUUAUCAAGGAUGCCGGCAUGUGUCCUUCCAGCCCCGCGCAAUCUGCAUCUGGCUUGAGCGAGCCCCUACGGGUGCUGAAGUCCGGGGGGAUUCUCGAGGUGUGGGAUUCGGAUUGGAGCCUCCGCUCGCUCCUGCCCAAUCCGGCUCCGGCACGCAAAUCCCACUCGAAAGAACAGGAGGUCGCCGAUGCCACGGCUACCUAUACAUUCUCCUCUGCCACACCAUUCACACGAGCGCAGAACAAGUUCGUGGUGGAUUAUAAUUCCUGGGUGCAGAAGUCGUUUGACCGUCUUAAAUUGACAGCGCUCCCGUGCGCGACCAUCGGUCUAUCUUUCAACUCCGAAGUGGACUUGUUGGAAAAUGUGGACAGUCGCCGCGUUGCAAUUCCACUGGGUGACUGGCGCUGGGAACGAGAUAGCCAAGGCAAGGAUGCCAACAACAGUUCACGAAAGAGCCUGACUCCAGAGCAAAUCUCCAUCCGGCGCACGGCUCUCCUCACUACCAUACAGAUGAUUGAAGGGCUGGAGCCGAUAUUGAUGGAGUCUAGUGGAAAGAGCCGUGACGAAUGGGACCGAUGGUGGGCUGCCAUGACAGCCGACCUCUUGCAGAAAGGGGGACUCGCCAGCGGCGAGUGCCUUGAAGUGAGCGUUUGGUGGGGUCAAAAAAGAUGA